AUGGACGACGAGGACUUUGGCGAGGACGUGCUCGUCACGACGCGCCCAGGUGGCGCCAGUGUUAUCAAGGAAGAAGCCAAGACAGAGGAAUCAAGAGCCACGUGGGAAGCCAGUGCUGAAGUGCCCGUGAAAGCUGAGACGCCAUUAAAAAAGGACGAGCAGGAACAAGAUGAGGACGAAGAGCUCUAUGGCGGCGUCUCGAUCCAAUUGAACGCGUCAGCCACGUCCCAAGCGGCAGAAGCAUCGGCCGCAGCCUUGAGUGCUAGUAAUUCUACAAAAGAUGGCGAAGCUGUGUCCAAGUUGGACGAAGACGCGUCGGUGGAUCUAAAGGAGAAGGAGGAGGACGACGACGACGACGACGACGAGGAAGACGUGGCUAUUUUGCUAAGUACGGAUCAUUCAAGCAGCAAACCGACGCUGCGGUUUACGGGAGGGGGGAAUCGUUACGUACGAGGCAGUUUUGGCAGCUCUCAACUUGGCGGGGCUAGCACUGCAGGGACUGGAAGUGGGACGAGUGCGCAGACUGGAGAGGCCGGUGCAGCGGCAACUGAUGGUGUGGACGAUAUGGCCAUGUUUGGCGGCCGUCGCACGGCUUUUGACGUGGAUAUUGACCUGCUGGAAGACCGACCGUGGCGCAAACCGGGUGUGGAUAUCUCGGAUUACUUUAAUUACGGCUUUGAUGAGCACAGCUGGCGAGAGUAUGCCGCGAAGCAGUUAAGGUUGAGACGAGACUUGGCAGUCGAAAAGUCGAGAGAACAAGCGUCACGACAGGCGGUGAGUGCAGCGAACCUGCAGCAGACGAUCCGUGAUCGGGAUGCGAAACUGCAAGGACAUGGAGGAGACAUGCCCCCUGGUCGUGGAUUUCUUGGAUCGAUGAAGUCUGAAGGCGGAGACAACCCGAAUGUGGAUUUAUCGGUGGACAACCGCCAAGGGGAUGGCACCCUGGAAUGGGGCCUCCGCCAAACUUUGUGGGUCAGCAGGCCUGGAAUGGGCCUCCCAUGGGAGCGCCAUGGACUUCUGGACCGGGGAGAGGACCUCCUUGGAUCGGUGGACCUGGCGGCGGUAGAGGUCGAGGUGGUGGUCGGGGCGGCUUUGACGAUCGCAAUCGUAACGGGAAGGAUGACCAAGACGACAGACGAGGUAAAUCAAGAGAAACUGGUAAAUCAAGAGAAACAAGUUGCGAUCGAUCGUCUCGACCUCGUGAUCGUCCCCGUCGAGAUGAUUCGCGGGGUAGUGGACGUCGAGAUGGGGAUGAGGGCAAAGGCAAUAGCGAGAAGGACCGAGGACGUGACAAAGACCAAGGUCGGGAGCGCGAGCGUGACCAGGACCGUGACGGUGGCCCUGGCGGAAGCCGCGAACGAAGCCGGGAUGCUGGCCGUGACAGAGGCCGUGAGCGAGAUCGUGAACGAAGCAGGGACGCUGGCCGUGAGCGAGAUCGCGACAACGGCCAUGCACGAGACCGUGACAAUGGCAGAGAUCGUGAUCGUGGCCGAAGCCGUGAUGGCGGUCGUGACAGUGGCCGAGACCGUGACAAUGGCCGUGAUCGUGAUAGUGGCCAUGGUGUUGAAAGUGGUCGUGACCGUGACGGUGGUCGUAAUCGUGACGGUGGUCGUAAUCGUGACGGUGGUCGUGACCGUGACGGUGGUCGUAACCGUGACGGUGGCCGAGGUGAUGGUGGCCGAGAGCGUGAUGGUGGCCGAGACCGUGAAGGUGGUCGUGGUCGUGAUAUUGGUCGUGGUCGAAGUAGUGGCCUUGAUCGUGAUCGCGAUCGCCGGCCUCGAGAGCGCGAACGUAGUCGAGGAAGAGGAGCAGGAGCUCAAGAUCGGGAGCGGGGAGGACGCGACCGAGGAGACCGAGUCGGGCGUUCGGGAUCCCAAGACCGUGAGCCACGUAAGCGCAAAGAUCGGGACGAAAGUUCCGGCGGCAAUCGCGUUCCGGGUGACCAGCGUCACAAACGGGGCGGCAAUAGACGAUGAACAUGCAAGCGAUUACAACUUCAUUCUGGCAGUACAGCAUCGUACGCAACUUCGCGUCGUAACUUGUUGA